AUGGCCCAGCUCCUGACCCGCCUCCUGCAGCUCAUGCUGGCUGUGCUGAGCUGUGCUGCUGUCAGCGGGCUGUUUGAGUGGUUGACACAGACACCCACGCCUCCACCACCUCCCCCACCUGCUCCUGCACCUCUUCUAAAGGAUGCUCAGUUUGAGCUGGCGACUGCAGAUGAGAAGUUUCUGGCUGAGGCCAAGCAGCUGGAGCUCAGCCCGCUGGACAGCUGCCAUUACAGGGUAGUUGCUCAACUAAAGGCGAGCUGUGACGGUCUCUCUGAGGAGAAUCUCGCAAAGCUUGGGGUGGUUUUGUUCAACUGCCAGGCUGAGAUCGAGGGACGCCGUUCCUUCCCCUGUACAGAGGACAUGACCAUCAAAGAGUGCACAGCCGGCAUGGAUUCGGACACGUGGAAUGCUUACCUCAUAGUCAGCAACCGAGCGCGCUCCGUCUGCUACGCCACUCGCCAGCAGCUGUUUCGACGGCGAGCAGAGCACACGGUUAAUGCCCUGAUCUCCACGGCCACCAGUCAGCUGAGCGCUAUGAAGGACCUGAAGAUUAAUGCUGGGGGGGCACCUGAUGCAGCCCGUGUUUAUUUGCCUGCUCCAAAACAGGAGGGCCAGGUGGAGUUAAAGGAGCUGACGGCGGCCUCGCUGGACAAGCUGAUGGAGGGUCACAGUGCCCUGCAGGCUCAACAGGGAAAACUGCACGAGGGCCAGGAGCAAAUGGAGAGCUCUCUGCGGGAGAACCUGGAACGCCUGAGUCAGGAAAAGGCCCUCAUCGCCUCCGGACAGCAGCUGGUUGCUCAGCUCAUUCAGGGCAUCACAAAAAGAAUGGAAAACGUGAGUGAGCAUCUGCAGAUCCAAAGCUCAGAAGUGCAGGAAAGCCACAAGGACAUAGUACAGGACCUCACAGGUGUCAGACACCAAGCUCAGGAUAUCUACCAAAAAAUUGACCACAGCAUGUCGGAGUUUCUGCAGUACCAGGAGCAGACCUCGCAGUACUACGCUGAGCUGAUGACCAAGCUGGAGCGCAUGAACAGCACGCUGGGGUUCAUGCUGCACUACCUGGAUAGCAUGCAGAGCCGCAUAGAGGACAGACUCCUCCUGAUCCAGGGAUACCUUGGCUGGGCGGGGUUGAGUCUGACAGCCAUGUGGACGUGUGUUGCACACACGGGCUACUUUGUUCUGUGUGCGGUGCUCCUGGCGUUCCUUCGUAGUUCAGGCUUCUCCCGAGCCAUGCUCCUGCUCACGGUGCCCCUGAAUGCAGCGGCCGAGGUCAACCAGCAGCCCGCGCUGGACCUGGCCAGCCUGAGUCUGCUGCUGCUCAUCGCCUCUCUGGGUCACUGGUUUUUGAAGAGGAUGUUGGAGGGCUUCAAGAUGAGAGCAAAGCAAACUACUCCACCUCCACUAAUGUUGGGCAACAUCAUGGAGCCGCAUGAGAAACCGGCGUCAACGGGCCACAAGCAUCCACAUUCUUCUACACCAGAGAGGCAAGUGUGGAAUACAGGCAAAGCUGUAGUAUAUGAAAGGGACAACUUUCUGGAGGAUGACCUGUUGAAUCAAGACAGCUUUUUAUCAGGGAACCUAGGCAUAUCAGCUGUGUCCCCCCCUCGGAAGACAACAGCAUUGGAGUCUAGGUUUUUGCCAACUGUCUCACAGAAUCACUCCACUCCCAGAUUUGUGCCCCAGCCAGUUUUCUCACAAGCUCAUAUUGAUGACAUCCCUCUGAAAGACUUGGGAGGUAUUUUUGAUGAAGUGCACAGCUCACAUGGUUUUGGGAGCAACUCCAGAAGUUCAAGUCCCACCCCAUCACUGGUCAGCAACAGCUCCCUGUCUGGUCGCCAGCUGUGCAAUGGGAUCACAAAAACAGGAAAGCCCUGUAAGAAGAGAGCCAUCCCAGGACAGGAGUUCUGCCGAGUCCAUGAGGGGGGGGUAUACCUCCUAUGUUAA